CCUCUUAUCAUCGAUAACCUUAGGUUGGCGGAACAUUAAUUUCAGAUAAAGUUUCUAUGACUUCAACUGCUUCAAUGAAUCCGGCAACAGCCGAAAAUGCAUUCCUUAAUAAGGCAAAAUGGCUGGAAAUGUAUGGAGUUGACAUGCACACAGUUUUAGGCAAAGACGGCAAUGAAUAUUUUCUUGGUCUAACACCAACCGGAAUCCUGGUUUUUGCCGGUACCUCAAAGAUUGGUCUCUUUUUCUGGCCCAAAAUAAUUAAACUUGACUUUAAGGGAACCAAAUUAACACUGGUUGUGGUUGAAGAUGAUGAAUCUGGCCGUGAACAGGAGCAUACAUUUGUUUUCCGAAUGCCUACAGUUAAAUCAUGUAAACAUCUGUGGAAAUGUUGUGUUGAACAUCACGCUUUCUUCCGUCUUAAAUCGAGCCAAACAGGGGCACCAGUUAAACAGAAGCAAGGUUUCAUGAGAAUGGGAAGUCGCUUUCGUUUCUCUGGUCGAACUGAAUUUCAAACUACCCUGCAAGGAGCAAUAGUCAAGGAACCUGAGCGAAGGUUUGAAAGAAGACCCUCUCAACGGUAUACUAGUCGACGAAGGGUAACUAAUCAUUCAACAAGAACAACAUCGACAACACCGAUAACAACCAACAAUGAUACCGGUAAUUUUAGUCGAAGUGUAACAAUUAAACGUAAUUCUGGUCAAAGUGAGGUUAAAUCAUCACUAUCUUCAUCACUUUCUUCAUCAGCUGCUGUUGUACCUUCAUUAUCAACAACAGAAUCUUCAUCAACCUCGGUUUCAUCGACUCUUACCGCAUCUACUGUACCUAUUGAUACAAAAAUGAAUGGUAAAAAGGUUAAAAGUAAAGAGGAGAUUGGCUCAUCGAUUGGAGCCACUUUUGAGGAAGGUGAUGUUAAAUUUGGUGUUAAUGGUUUAACAAGUCAUUCGUCAACCUCACUUCUUUCAACAUCGUCAGUUUCCUCAGUCUCUGUAUCCAGUCCGUCUAGCAAGUUCAAAUCAUCAUCUAAAAAAUUACCCGGUGCAACCUCACAAUCAAAUAAAUCAUCAGCUGAAUGCAUUUCAAUUGUUAAUGGUACCAAUAAAACACUGUCUUCUACAUCAAAUGAAGAAGAUGUUGUUACUGUUGAUAGUAUCAAAGAUAAAACUGGUUCAAUAACAAAUGUGCCAAAAGACAGUAAAAAAGCAAAAUUGCCGAAAGAAAGUGACCCAAAACAUUCUACACUGACAAAUUUACCCACAAGAACAAAAUCAUCCCUGUCAUCAUCUUCAUCUGCAUCAACUUCAUCGUCAUCUCCUCUUCCACCCUCAUCAACAACAGUUUGUGAUACAUGUCAAUCAACUAAUGAUAGCGAAUUAAAUCAAUCACCAGCUCCUGAUAAUAAUCAAUCUCAUAUUGAGAAUGAUACAAAUUUUACAGAAAAUGUUGGUAGCAAAAAGACUAAUAAUGCUAAUAACAUUACUAAUCAAAGUAAAAUUACACUUGGUAAAUAUGAUGAAAAGGGCAAAGCAAUGGUUGAUGCUUGUAAUAAUAUAGAUGUAAAUGAAGGCGAUCCAACGACAGAUAUAUUAACUGAAACAUCAUUUGCAACCUCAACACCAGUCACCAAAUCAAUCAAGAUACCAAAAUCAUCGUCACUCAAUGCAACCGAUGAAGAAUCCAUUUCAAAGAAGGAGAAACGCAAAAAUUAUAAUCCUCCAAGACGAUCAAAUACAACUGUAUCAAGCAGAAAUACAAUCACUACGGAGCUUUAGAAUCAACAUCUAAUGUAAACUCUAAUUAAUUUAAAAGAUUACUGUUUCUACGGGCAUUUCCAUAUUAAUAAAAUAAUUUUCAAAUUCA